AAAAACUUACUUGCUAUGAAUGAAGUUACAUUACCUCCGUCGCCUAAUUGGUUUUCAAGUACUAUUCUUGCAUGUGCAAGCGACGGCACAAUUGCUUGGGGUGCGAAAAAUUCAAUAAUAAUUGCUAAAGCUAAAGAUAAUAAACAAUUAGAUUAUUCAAUUAUUGAAAAAGCUCAUUAUGAUCGUGUGUCAACAAUUGCCUUUUCACCGACAAACAUAGAUAAUAACGAUAAGCUUCUAGUAUCUGGAGGAAAUGACAAUAUCGUUAAAAUAUGGAAUUUGAAUGAUUUAAGUUUAAAGUUAGAAAACAAUAAACUGGAUGAAACUCGCAAAGUAAUUGCAGUAGAUUGGUCUAAGAAUAAUCCGAAUCUUAUUUGUUUUAUAAGCGAGACUGGAUUAUUAGUAACAUGGAACAUCGAUUAUAAUAUCAGUCAGCUUAUUAGCUUGGGAAAAUUGGCUGUUACGUGUCUAGCUUGUUGCCCUCACGAUGGGAACAUAGUAUCGAUUGGAUGUAAAAAUGGAUUGAUCUACAUUGUGGAUAUAUGUGGAUCUGGUAAUAUUAAAUACAAAUUAAGAGGUCAUGAUGUGGAAAUUGUUAGUUUAUCAUGGUGUCCAGUUCCUAUUAAUAUUUUUGAUGAAAAAAAUUCAAAUGAAUUAUUAUUAGCUUCUGGAGCUAAAGAUAGAGUUAUAUUUCUGUGGAAGGCUGGUAGCGAUGGUCGAUAUGAAACGCAAUUAACAUUUCCAGUUCCACCAUUAGAUCCUAGUAAUUAUAAAAGUAAAAUUAACUCUUCGUCAGCAAAUUUCACUGCAGUUAAUUGGCUGACACCAACGCAUCUCUUUACGAGUUCACCCUGGGGAGAACUUCUUCUGUGGGAUCUUACUAAAAAUGCAAAAAAAAAAUUCAAUCCAAUAUUAAUUCAUGGAAAGCAUGGCAAAGGAUUAUUUUCCAUUGCAGGUUUAUCAAAACAGUCUAAAGAAGAAUGUGAAAAUAAUAAAAAUGAAAAUUGGAGAUUGAAAACGAACAAUGCUAAGACAAUUUGGACUGUGGCCCAGAAUCGACAAGUUAUUUGCUGCAGUAUUUUACAGAAUGAAAUUACAAUAGAGCACAGUAUUCCAACGCAAGGUGGAUUUGUGUAUUGUAUGUCUGCUUGUCCAGUAGAUACAUCACAGAUUGCUUUUGGAACGGGUGAUAUGAUGAUACGCUUGUGGAAUUUAUCCGAACCGCAUGAAAAUAUAAUGGAGCUGCAAAUGUUUUGGGAAAAAAUUAAAGGAAAAGUGAGAAGUUUGUGUUGGCAUCCAGAAAAAGAAAAUAUAUUAGCAUUUGCAACAAACGAAGGUCGUGUUGGAACGUUUGAUAUAAAUUCCAAAAGGCCACCAACUAUAUACAGAAUGUAUCACAGAUAUGUUAUUUACAGAAUUGGUUGGGGUCCAGCACCAAAUGUUCAAGAAUAUGCGUUGUAUACGUGUGGCGAUGGCGAAUUAGUUUAUUACAAUCCAGAGGCAUAUAAUAACACACCGAUCCCUGUUACGAAAAAGAAAGAGUGCACAGAUUUUUGUUGGAAACCAGAUUAUUCUCUUUUAGCUUUAGGUUUUGGAGAUGGAUCUCUCUCUUUUUUAAAGCCUGAUUUAUCAGAAUACGAGCACACAAUUCAUACAUUAUGUAAAGCAGUACAAUGUAUAGCUUGGCAUCCUGAAAGUACUCUAUCAGAUUUAAAUAUUUCCACAAUGAAUAACUAUGUAGCUGUAGCAGUAAAUGGACCUGAAAUUGUAGUGUUUGAAAUCUACAAUAUCAAUAAUUCAGAAGAUUGUAAAUCAAAUAAAUUAUCAUUUUAUAAAACUGUUGCAACUUUAAAUGGUCAUAGUGAGAAAGUUGUGUGUCUUGCUUGGAGUCCUCAUAUUAGUGGAUAUUUAGUAUCUGGUAGUUAUGACUACACUGCACAAGUUUGGAAAGUAGAAACUCAAGAAAUUAUUGCUACUUAUAUUUCUCAUUUAGGACCUAUCCAAUGCUGUAUGUGGAGCCCGUAUAAUCAUAAUUUAAUAAUAACUGGUUCGGUUGACUUCACUUUGCGAAUAUGGAAUAUUUCAAAACAUAAAGCAUUGAAAACACCGUCUACAAUGAGAACUUCGACAAAAUAUCGGCAAAGAACGAAAAAAAAGAAAACAGCAGCAAAGGCUAUUGAAGCUGGAUCAGAAAAAGCAGAUAAUCAAUUAAAAUCAACAGUUGAAGGUGUAAAAGAAGUAGGCAAUUUACCUUCGUAUUCUAAAGAAAGCGACAAUAUGAACAAAAAUAACUGUAAAAUGCUGAAAAAAAAGAAGACAAAGAAAAUAACUCGAUUUCCACAUUAUGCUGAAAUUGCCAGUUCUAAUAAGCUUUGGUGUUCAUCGAUAAGAAAUCUUUUAAAUUCAUUGAAAAUCAAUCAUUCCAAUGAAGGUCCAUUAGAUCAUAACGAAACAGAAAAAAUCCCAAAUAAUGAGCCGCAAACGUUAAAGUCAAACGAAAAUAAUUACGUUUUACUUGGAACUGAAAAAAAUUUAGAAAAUUCUUUAAAAAAAGAGAAAAAUAUCUUAUUUUUAAAUGGACAGCAUAAUGUUGUUACUGAAAUUGAUCUAUGGUGUGAUAAUUUAAUGGAAAAUUUACAUCAAGCUAUGAAAGAAAAACGACUGAGCGAUUUUUUGGUAUCUCUUGCCCCAGCAAUUUCUAUCGAAACAUGGAAAAUAAUGUGUGAAGCGUACGCUACCCAACUCGUUUUUGAAGAAAAUCCACAUAAAGCAGUAUCAUACCUCCUAUGUAUUAAUAAAGUCCAUAAAGCUAUUGACAUUUUCAUAACUGAAAAAUUAUAUAAAGAAGCAUAUGCUCUUGCGUCAUCUAAAUUAGAUGCAAAAGAUCCUAUUAUUAAAAACAUUUUAAUAGAAUGGGCAACCAAUGCUGUAAAAGAUGGACAUUUUCAAAAUGCAACAGAAUGUUAUAUAAAACUAGGCCAAUAUACACAAGCAGCGAAAAUUUUAGAACGACGAAAAGAUUUCUAUAGCUUACUUUUGGCCGUAGAUGUAGCCGAAGUGGAUCACAAUAUAGAAUUAAGUGAAGCGAUAGCAGAUAAAGCCAUUUUAGAAUCAUUACUCAAUGGUAAUGUCAAUGCUGCUAAAUCAGUCAUUACAAAUUAUUAUCAAAUACAGUAUCGAGAAGUUGAAGUAGAAAUCUUUAUACAGUUAAAUAAAAUCUUAGAUACUAUUAAUGAUGAAGAUAUGUUUUAUUGGUUAAAAGGUUUAUCCAAUAUAUCAUUAUUAGAAACUUUGAGGAAUAAAUUUACUAAAUGCCCUAACAAAUAUUCAUUAUUACUUCAAAAAGAUGUAUUUCCACUUGAAACAAAUGAUGUAAUGGUACAAAUAAAUGUUAGUCAUCAGCUUGCUCUUUUCAUCUUAUCUGAUCAACAAAAUCAACACUUUAAACAUAUACUGAAAGCCCUUGAUAUUAUUUCACAAUUUGAAACGAUAAAUUCUACAGUUUCGGAAGAAAUAUCACUUUUAAUGAAAUACCUGUUUAUAUUAGACAAUAAAAAUUUAGAAAACGUUGAAAGUAUUUUUAAUACCUCUAAUAAUGUAAUAGCAGAAAGUUUACGUGCCUAUUUAUGUCAUGGAAUAAUAAAAUGGUUUCAACAAAAUAAAUUACAAGAUGAUCAAGUCUCUGAAUGUAAAGAGUUGGUUAUAAAAGUAUUAGAAAAAUGUAUUAAAGAUCUUUUUCAUAUUGAAUCAUUUAAAUAUUGGAAGACAUUGUGUGAAAUUCCUAAACUAGAAACACAGCUAUCUACAAGAUUAGGAAAAUUACAAGAUACUGAAGAUAAUAACGUAGAUUCUGUUAAAGAUGUAAUCGAACGUUUAGAUCAAUUAAAACUUAAUAAAAAAGAGUUUCUCGAUCAACGAAUAUCCUCGCCAAAUCCAUUAUUUAGCUACACUUCGGUAAAAGAAUUUAUUGGUGUUAUAUCAGACGAUACAAUUCGUAAUAAAAUUGAUAAACUUCUAACGGAGACAUGGACACAAAUAAUUUCAUAA